CCUGAUGAAUGUGACAUUUGAGGGGCGCAAUCUGUCGUUCAGCGAGGAUGGGUACCAGAUGCACCCUAAGCUUGUCAUUAUUCUGCUCAACAAAGAGAGACAGUGGGACAGGGUGGGUAAAUGGGAAAAUGGCUCCUUGUCCAUGAAGUACCACGUGUGGCCUCGCUAUGAGCUGUAUGGAGGGGCAGCCAAGGAGGAUGACCACCUGUCCAUCGUGACAUUGGAGGAAGCUCCGUUUGUCAUCGUGGAGGAUGUGGAUCCCCUGAGUGGAACCUGCAUGAGGAACACCGUCCCCUGCAGAAAACAGAUCAAAAAGAUUAAUCAGACCAAGGAAUCAGGGAUCUACAUCAAGCGCUGCUGUAAGGGCUUCUGCAUCGAUAUCCUGAAGAAAAUCGCCAAGUCAGUCAAGUUCACGUAUGACCUUUACCUGGUCACUAACGGAAAACAUGGCAAAAAAAUCAAUGGGACCUGGAACGGGAUGGUGGGAGAGGUUGUGUUAAAAAAUGCCCACAUGGCUGUCGGAUCCCUAACCAUCAACGAGGAGCGCUCUGAGGUUAUAGAUUUUUCUGUUCCCUUCAUAGAAACAGGAAUUAGUGUCAUGGUUUCCCGCAGUAAUGGCACUGUUUCACCCUCAGCAUUUUUAGAGCCCUUUAGCGCCGAUGUGUGGGUGAUGAUGUUCGUGAUGCUGCUGCUGGUGUCAGCAGUGGCUGUGUUCGUGUUCGAGUACUUCAGCCCCGUGGGCUACAACCGCUGUCUGGCUGAUGGCAGAGAACCUCAUGGCCCGUCUUUCACCAUCGGUAAAGCCAUUUGGCUGCUUUGGGGUCUGGUCUUCAACAACUCUGUGCCAGUCCAGAACCCCAAAGGUACCACCAGUAAAAUCAUGGUCUCAGUUUGGGCCUUCUUCGCUGUCAUUUUCCUGGCCUCAUACACUGCCAACCUGGCUGCUUUCAUGAUCCAAGAGGAAUAUGUGGAUCAGGUCACUGGUCUCUCAGACAAGAAGUUCCAGAGUCCCAAUGACUUCUCUCCUCCGUUCCGGUUUGGCACGGUGCCGAAUGGGAGUACCGAGAGAAACAUCAGGAACAACUAUCCAGAAAUGCACUCCUACAUGACCAAGUUCCAUCAGCGGAAUGUCAAUGAAGCUCUGCAGAGUCUGAAGGCUGGCAAAUUAGAUGCUUUCAUUUACGAUGCAGCCGUUCUGAACUACAUGGCUGGCAGGGAUGAAGGCUGCAAGCUGGUGACCAUUGGCAGCGGCUACAUCUUUGCAACUACAGGAUAUGGCAUCGCCAUCCAGAAGGAGUCUGGAUGGAAGAGACACGUGGACCUGGCCAUCCUGCAGCUUUUUGGAGACGGUGAGAUGGAGGAGCUGGAGUCCCUGUGGCUGACGGGGAUCUGCCACCAUGAGAAGAACGAGGUGAUGUCCAGCCAGCUUGACGUGGACAACAUGGCCGGGGUCUUCUACAUGCUGGGCGCCGCCAUGGCUCUCUCCCUCAUCACCUUCAUCUGCGAGCACUGGUUCUACUGGCAGCUGCGUUUCUGCUUUAUGGGCGUCUGUUCCGGCCAGCCCGGCUUUGUGUUCAGCAUCAGCAGGGGUAUAUACAGCUGCAUACAUGGUGUACAAAUUGAAGAGAAGAGCAGCUCUGCGUUGAACUCCCCAUCAGCCACCAUGAACAACACCCAUUCGAACAUUAUGCGCCUCCUUCGUACUGCCAAAAACAUGGCCUCUCUGUCAGGAGUUAACGGCUCGCCGCAUAGCGCUCUAGAUUUCAUCCGUCGAGACUCUUCUGUUUAUGACAUUUCUGAGCAUCGCCGCAGCUUAGCAGGCCAUUCCGACUGUAAACCACCUUACAUGCCAGAAGACAACAUGUUUAGUGAUUACAUUAGUGAAGUGGAGAGGACGUUUGGCAACCUUCAUCUCAAGGACAGCAAUUUGUACCAGGAUCACUAUCUACACCACCAUGGCUCAACUCCCGGACUCAGUGGUCCUCCACCCAAUAGGCCUCACAGUUUGGGGAGUGCUAGUUCUCUGGAGGGUGGCAUGUUUGAUUGUGACAGCCUCGGUGGAGGGGUAGCACCUAUCUUUACCACCCAGCCCUGCUCAGCUUUGACCCACAGGAACAUGAGCAAGUUUGACCUGCUGUCCGGACAGACUCCGCCUUCAGGCCAGAGCUUCAAGGGUGGUCUGCCUGACAUCUAUGGGAAGUUCUCUUUUAAAGGUGGUGCCUCAAGUUCCACUUACAUUCCUGGACACAGCUACUGUGGGGGAAGAGGAGACGAUGAAGGAAAUAUACGUUCAGAUGUCUCUGACAUUUCCACACACACCGUAACAUAUGGGAACCUGGAGGGCAAUGCCAAGAAGCGCAAACAGUACCGUGACAGCUUAAAAAAGAGGCCGGCCUCUGCAAAGUCCAGACGGGAGCUGGACGAAAUUGAGCUGGGCUACAGGAGGAAACCAUACCACAUAAGCCACCAUCAUUACCACAGCCAACGCUCUGCCUCCCCACCACUGUUGCCCUCUGAACGCAAACGAGGGGGUGGAGGAGGAAAAAACAAUGGGAACUCUUAUCUUUUCAGGGAAAAGGAGAGUGUUAGGGACUUUUAUCUUGACCAGUUUCGACCCAAGGAGGGUGUCCCUCAAUGGGAACAUGUGGACUUGACAGAGGGUCCUGGAAACAGAGAUGGAGGAGUGCCCACCUGCACCUCGUUGGUGCCAGUUGAAGACUUUCUUAAAAGCAAACCCAAAAAGUCUGAUCUAAAAGGAGGGAUAGGGUCUGGGUUGGCAGGGGGAGAAUGGGAGUGCAGGAACUGUCGUGCUAGUGGAGGCAAGCAGAUGUCCAUUCAUGGAGGAGGUGGUGGGUAUUCAAGUGGUAUGGGCUGCGGGUCUUCAGCAGGUAGCAGCCGGCCUAGUUCUGCAACCUGCAUGCGCUGUGAUGGUUGUAAAAAGACAGGAAACCUUUACGAUAUCAGUGAAGACAAUAACCACCCCUUGGAACAAAUGGGGGGCGGGAAAGGUGGAGGAGGUGUGGGAGGUAUGUCCGCGGGCCCUCAGGCUCCAUCUCAGGCCCAGCAGAGAAGAAAGAGCGGAGGAUUUGGGAAGCAGCUAAGGCGACAGCAUUCCUACGACACAUUUGUUGACCUUCAAAGAGAAGAAUCAGGUGGAAUGGGAAGUUUGAUGGAAGGUUUAGGGGGAGGCAUGGGUGGAGCUGGCAUGGGAGGAAUGCUGCCCCCACCAAGGAGUGUUAGUUUGAAGGAGAAAGAACGGUACAUGGAUGAUAACAGCCCCUUCGCACACAUAUUUGAACGCCAUGGGGGCUCAGAGAGAGAAAGAGACAGAGACCCAUUGUUUUAUGGUGGUGAGAACCAAAAAGGUUCUGGUUCACCUUUUGGCCUCUUCAGAGGAGGUGAGGGCCUUCACCGCCGCUCCAUCGGAGAAAGAGACAUGAGAGACAGAUCUUUGAUGGAAGGUGGAGGUGGAGGAGCAUUCUCUUUAUCCAAAUCUCUCUACCCUGAUAGGGUAAACCAGAACCCCUUUAUACCCACCUUCGGUGAUGAUCAGUGUCUAAUGCAUGGAGCCAAACAAUAUUACCUGACAAAGCAACAGCAGCAGCAACAAGUUGCCCAAAACAGCAGAGGUGACUUCAGGGGUCAGUUAAGCGCAACGUCGUAUCUGCCAGCUUCUGCCACAGCCGGGGUGAUGUCCAACGUGACCCCUCGGUUCCCAAAAGAGCUGAGUCUUGGUGGGAUGAAUCACCAUGGGUCCAUGUUGGCAGUAGGACCCCCACGUCCCUUCAAUGGAAGCAAUGGCCAUGUGUACGAGAAACUCUCCAGCAUUGAGUCUGACGUGUAAAAGAUGAAGGGGAAGGAGGAGGACAGCAAUAGAGGUUAAAAGUGUUAGAGAUCAGGGGUAUUUCUUAGAACACUUUAGACACAAAGCAGCCCAAGUUCUUGGUGACAUUAAGAGAUAAGGAGUCAAAUGAGUGGCAGAGACAAAAUAUAGACUGUUGAAGAUAAAAAGUAGAAUGAAAACAUGGCUAAAAAUCAGGACAUCCUGAGGGGUUCACCAAUGCUAACCUCUCUUUAAAAUGGCCAAAGCUACACUACUUUAACACCCAUACACAAUCAAUCAACAUUUUCUUUAAUCUUACAAAGGCCCUUAACUUCAACAAUUCCAUCACCUCACCCACCAGUGUGCUAGAAGUCACUACUCUAGGUUAAAAUCAUCAUGACGCAACACCUUUAUUUAGUUUUCUUGUGGCCAUAGUCUGAGGGAGUGAACUGCCUGUUUGCCCCAUGACAGUUAAGAAAGUAGGUAUUGCACACUUGCUAUAGCCACAGCGUACCCUGGUCUGGACAUUUUCCAUUUCUCCCUGCACUCUUCCCAUUCCCUUACUUAUUUGCUCCUGCUCCUCCUCCUCAUCCCCAACACCUAAAGAGCUGUUUGCUAAUGAGAAAUACAAUCACGAAUGAUAAUAAGAUAUUCUUAUAGAAAACAGGGUAUAAGAACAACAACCACGUUGUGAAUAACAGACAUUCAUACUGUUUAUGAUGAUUCUGCUUGUAAUAUCACAGAUUUUCUUUUGUAUUCUGUUGUUAUAGUAUUUGAUUAUUCUCUAAGUAUUUGUAAUUGUGUUCCAUCUUCUCCUGGUGAUGGCAGGAAGGUUGCUCUUGGUUUAACCAACAAGCCAGAUAGACUGAAUAUUUUACUCCUGAUUUUUUUUUUCUUUUCUGUUUUCUGUAGAAUAUUUUGCUCCAUGACCAUUCGUGUUUGUGCUCCAGGAUUUCAGAGACAUCUUAGGAGCUGGGGGAUUAAUAUUGUUCAAGACAUAUCUAAUGAUCAAGUACGCACAUGUUGCAAAACACCAACACAAGGUUGUUUUUUUUGUUUUGUUUUUUUUUGGUUGGAUAUUGUUUUUUAUUUCAGUGUGAACUCAUGUUACUGUGAAGAACAACAUUUUCACCCGAAGCUACUGAGAGGAAGGACGUGCCUUAAAGGUCUCCAGUGGAAGUGUCCUCCAGUUCACAUGCAGCUUCAUCAGGACGGACCAGCGUUCAUUCAGGCUGCUCUGUGUUUUUGUCACAUAUGAGCCAAACCCGCUGUUGAAAUUUGACAGCCGGUCGCUAAUAAUGAUGGUUUCCAUACUAGAUGCUGUUUGAGAUCUUUUAUACCUUCGUAAAACUAUUUCAUAUGUCAGGUACAGGUGGCGUUUUAUGAACAAGUUGUAAUCAGGAUGUCCCACUGUUACUGAUAAGCUGACGUACCACCUCUUUAAUCAAUGCUAUACAAUGUAACACCGCUCACAUGGUUGUUGCUAGCAUUAAUUUACAUCACACAAACAGUCUGGGAGGCUUGUACAUAACGCUUUCUUUUGACAUUGUGUAAAACAAAUAUUAUGCACUGUCACUUAUGUAGGAGAAUUACUGCAACAAAGUUGUUGAAGAAGUCGAUGUAAAGCAAAGUUGAGGAACUGGCUCGGACAUUUGGAAGGCGGCUACCUUGUGAAAGAUUGUUUUUUUCUUGUUUUUUACUCGGACUGUUGUAGAUAGUCUUUUUAGCUAAAGAGGCCUCAUUUAUUGCACAGGACAUUUUACUCGGUGUAGGUAUAGGCACUCAGUAGACAUGCCUUAUUAUCCCCCUCCCUCAAGUUGUGAGAUGAUAACUCAUCAUGUACAGACUACAGAGGCCUCUAUUAGUUAUUUGAAAGUUUGAUCUGUGAUAGGAUGGCGUCACAAGUUUAAGGGCUGAGGGAGAUCGUGCAGGAGUACUGGCCACAGAGAGGACCUACAGGACUGUGUGUUUGUAAUUAUAUCACACCCAUAUUUAAAAGCACUCAUGCAAUAGACUGAAAUGUGUGUUUGUAUGUUUGAAGAGAAACAGACCGUUCUUCAACAAUAAGUGCUUUUUUUCCAAUCACGUUGUUAAAUACUCAUUACUUCAACACCAUGUACUCCCUAACUCCUCGGAUAACACUGAGACUGACUGAGUUAGCCUUAAAUCAGACUCACCCACUCUCCCACACACAUACACACACACCCCAAGACACUCCUAAUAAAUAACUUGGGAUCUCUGGUAUUUUUAUACACAUUUUGAAAGUUCAGGUGAACCAUAUUCAGCAAGGAGGAAGAAGGGUUUGACUCAGAAAUAAAAGGCUAGUUUGGAUUUUUGGAGUGAGAUUCUGUGAAGCUAUCAAAGAUAGUUCCCUUAUCUGUACUAAAAAAAAUGUCCUUCAGUGAGUAAAAAAAAAAAAGUCAAGCUACUAUGUAUCUACCUUGAAUUUUAACAUCACACUUCUACUGGUUUGGUAUUUGCAAUCAAAAUGUUAUCACCAGCAAGGCCAGGUUACCGUUCAUUUUAUUCUUAAAAUUGCAACAAAUUACAUUGCAUGAUCAUCAAAACUCUGAGACACAUACACUAUGUGCCAAUGUUACAAAGUGCAUGUUGGUGCUACGAAAAUGCCACGGCAACAACCAGAUAACAGCAUUAAUUGAUCUCAUCCAACACUAUGCAGACGCUCAGUUUGCAUUGAAGAUUUACUCACGUGAAGGGGCUCCUACAGAAAGGCAGCCUGCCCUACUUUUUGAUCAAUCCAGCUUGUGAUUAUUUAAAUGAAACUCCUCAGUGGCACUCUUACAUUAAAUCUAAAGUAUUAAACAUUUAUUUUGACAACCAUUAAACAUGGACACAUCUUAGUAUGAUGUUUCCUGAUACAUUGACAUUUUAAGUUUUGCCCCAGUGCACAUUUAUUAUACUUAAGUCCAUUUUUACAAAUAAAGGGUGUGAUCUCCAAAAGGUUUGCGUGUUUAAAAGCACAUGGAAAAUUAACAGCGUGACCAAAUUUGAUUGACAAACCAGGGGAUUAAUGUUGCAGGAAGCAAAUAAUCUUUAUGCAGUUAAACCAAAAUAAAAAGAAAUCACAGAGCCAAUAUGUUGUGUUUAUAUUAACAAAACAAGAGAAGUGAACAUCAAUAAUCACCAGAGCACAAGAAAAGAUCAUAGAGCCUGCAAAGUAAUGAUAGCGAGGGGGACAGAAAGAGCUUUAUUUGCAUCUAUUAAAGUGUGCACCCCUAGCUUGUGCCAGGGUUUUUUUUUUUUUAUUUGUCCUUUUCUCCCUCAGUGUUUCUCUACCUACUCUAUAUGAGGCACAGCUUGUUGUAUUAAAUUAUCAUGAUCCUGGUUGGCAAAGGUAAAGACAGCUGUUAAGGGCAUGAUUUCACUCCAAGUCUGAUAAUGGCUGCUCUCCAGACUGUCUGUAAGACUUUUCCAGGGUUUCAAAUUGAUAUUUAACUGUUUUAAUUUACUUGUUAUUUCUUUCUACAUUUUUUUUUUUUUACAGUAGCACUUUGAAAUACAUAUUUU